CGGUGUGGGGAGUUUCAGAAAGUGCCUGAUUUUAAUCUCUGAAAGAACCUGACGACUUUCUAAUAAUCGAUCACUUUUCUGUUCCUUUGGUCGCCUAACUAAUAUUCGCCUCUGUAGGAUAACAGACUCGUGGCAGUGGCCUCUCGCGGCAGGCUUCGCAUCAGGCAUUGCAGUGGACGUCCCCGGUCCAGGGGUCCUCAAGCCCCUGAAGAUUGACGGGGGACCGCAGGGAUGGCGGCCCGGCAGGCUGGGUGGCUGCGGCCCGCUCUGGGGCUGCGCUUGCUGCUAGUGACUGCAUUUCAAGCGGUGUCUGCUCUUGGGGCUGAGUUUUCGUCAGAGGCAUGCAGAGAGUUGGGUUUCUCCAGCAACUUACUCUGCAGCUCUUGUGAUCUUCUUGGACAGUUUAACCUGCUUCAGCUGGAUCCUGCUUGCAGAGGGUGCUGCCAGGAAGAAGCUCAAUUUGAAACCAAAAAGCUGUAUGCAGGAGCUAUCCUUGAAGUCUGUGGAUGAAAACUGGGGAGGUUCCCUCAAGUCCAAGCUUUUGUCAGAAGCGAUAAGCCCAAACUGUUCAGAGGUCUACAGAUCAAGUAUGUUCGCGGUUCAGACCCUGUCCUAAAGCUUUUGGACGACAACGGGAACAUUGCUGAAGAACUAAGCAUCCUCAAGUGGAACACAGACAGUGUGGAAGAGUUUCUCAGCGAGAAGUUGGAGCGCGUAUAAACCUUGCUUAGUUGUUCUUUUCUUACCAAGUGAACUGUCAGAGCACCUAGAAAAUAACUGAGUUUUGCAUGCUUACAUUGGUCAGUCUUUAUGUAUGCCAUUAAUCUUCUAAUUAGAAGUUGAAGUAGCACCACAGCCUGUAAUAUGUAAGGAGCUGGCAGGCUUACCAAAAUCCAUUUCUUAGUCAUUUCUAUUCUUCUGAACUUGUUGAUAUCCCUAAUGAAAUGCUUUGUAAGAGGCUUCUGGUUAAUUAUGCAAAUACUAGCUUAUGAUAAUUGGUCCAGUUUUAUAAACAACAGAAUCUUAAAUAAGGGAAGGUAAUAAAGGAGAUGCCUCCUUUACUGUGUGCUCUGUUGAAAGUAAUUGAUAGAAAACUACAAAACAAGUAAGAUAUACUGAGCCUCAACAAUGUGCCUGCUCCUCAGAGCCCCUCAGAUCUUUUCUAUUGCCUGGCUUUCUUUUUAGUAGAAAUACUUGUGCCACGCAAAAUUUUUGUAGCCUUAUUAUUACGGAACAGAUUGAAUAUCUACAGUAAGAGUGUAAUACUCAUAAAGGUUUGCAUUAAUGAGGAUUACACAGAAAACCUUUGGUAAGGGUUUGUGUAGAUCUGAUAAUUGGCAAAUUUUUAUGUUUUUAAAUAUUCUUACAGAAGAGUUCCAUUUAAGAAUGUUCACUUAUAGGACCAAAAUAUAAAUAAAAACUUUCAAAAAUGUUUGAAUUUGAAA